AUGGAUUCUCUAUUAAUGCAGCGUUCCUCCAGUGAGCUCAUCUGCUCCAUUUGCAAGGACUAUUCCUUAAACCCUGUCACCAUUACCUGCGGGCACAGCUUUUGUACUCCCUGUCUCUGUCUCUUGUGGGAAGAUACCCAAACUCCUGCUCGCUGCCCUUUGUGCAGAACAAUAUCACAGCGAAUGGACUUCAAAAGCACUAUUUUAGUUAAGAAACGAGUUCUUCCCACUGAAGAGUCAGUUGUCUGCCGGUUACCAAGCCCUGCUGAGCAAAUCUGUAAGACACACCAUGCAAUAAAGAACCUCUUCUGUCAAACUGACAAGAGCCUGCUAUGUUUGUUCUGCUCUCACUCCCCAGGGCAUGCCACUCACAGACACCGUCCAGUAAAGCAGGUCGCUGAGCACUACAGGGAGAACAUUCUGAUGCAAAUGAAGUCUAUUUGGAAAAACAAACAGAAAAAUCAGAGAAAUCUAAACAAAGAGAUCAACAAAUUCAGAGUAUGGGAGGGUUUUGUAAAUCUACGGAUGUCGAUGAUCAGGGCUGAAUAUCCUAAGGUAUAUCAAUACCUCCAUGAAGAACUGGAAAAACAUUUAGAGAUCCUGGAAAAUGAAGGCAGGAUGAUUUUUCAGCGGCUCCAGAGAAAUGUAAUCAGGAUGAAUCAUACUGGGAAACUCAUGAGAAGAAUAUAUGAGGGGCUGAAAAAACUGUAUCAGAAAGCAGACGUGGACCUGCUCCAGGAUUCAGGAGACAUAGUGAUAAAAGGUCAGUUAGUGCAGCUAUACCUGCCCCAGCCUGUGGAGCCACAGCUCAGCACAUGGGCCAUCACUGGGAUGUUGGAAAGGCUUAACAACUUCCGAGUGUAUAUUACCUUCGACCAUAAGAUAAGCAAGUAUGAUGCGCCUCUGUUUGAAGAACUGAGACAUUUGCAGUGCAGUCCUGACCACCAAGCCACGUCCCAUACUGUAUACUCAGCAAGUUCAGAGUAUACUUCUUCAUGGGGAGCUCAGACCUUCACCUCUGGCAAACAUUACUGGGAAGUGGAUGUGGGAAACUCCCAUAAUUGGAUUAUAGGACUUUGCAAGGAAUCCUGGGUAAAUAGGAAUGAUAUGCUACUUAACUCUGAGGGUAUCUUUCUACUGCUUUGUGUCAAAAUGGAUGACCAUGUCAAUCUCUUCUCUACCUCCCCACUAAUACACCAGUAUAUUCAAAGACCCCAGGACUGGGUAGGGGUGUUUUUAGACUAUGAAUGUGGUUUAAUAAGCUUCGUUAAUGUUGCAAAAAGUUCCCUUAUCUGUAAUUUCCUCUCAUGCUCCUUCUCUUCCCCUCUCAGACCUUUCAUUUGCUUUGGACCCAACUGA